AUGGUUAAUUAUAGUAGGAAUUAUUAUAUAAAUUACAUACGAAGAAGACCUUUAGCAUUAUUAGCACCAAUUACGCUUUUAUUUGUUAUUUACCUUUUCUUCUUCUCAUCAUCAUCAUCAUCCUCAUCCUCAUCGUCAUCUAAAGGAAAACAACAAACCAAAUAUUCAUAUGACACCAAAUCAAAAGGAUGGUUUAAACUGAAUAAAGAUUCAGUAAUACUUAAAGACUUACCAAAGAAUCAUAUUAGUCAUUAUGAUUUAAAUAAAUUAUCAUCAACAUCGGAUCCAUUAUCCAAAAGAGAAGAAGUGUUGAUUUUAACUCCAAUGUCAAAAUUCUUACCUGCUUAUUGGGAUAAUUUAAAUAAAUUAUCAUAUGAUCAUUCAUUAAUUUCCCUUGGAUUUAUAUUCCCCAGAACUAACGAAGGUGAUGAAGCUUUGAAAGAAUUAGAAAAUGCUUUGAAAGAAGCCAAAGCUGCUAAUAAGUUAAAAUUCAAGAAAAUUACCUUAUUAAGACAAGAUUCAAAUUCAUUAAAAUCACAAUCGGAAAAAGAUCGUCAUGCAUUCAAGGUUCAAAAAGAUCGUAGAUCAAUGAUGGCCCUCGCUAGAAAUUCAUUAGUAUUCACUACUAUCUCACCUUCAACAUCUUGGGUAUUAUGGUUAGAUGCCGAUAUUGUCGAGACUCUACCAACUUUGAUUCAAGAUUUGGCGGGUCAUAAUAAACCGGUCUUAUCCGCAAAUGUCUACCAAAGAUAUUUCGACCAAGACACUAAACAAGAUUCAAUCAGACCAUAUGAUUUUAAUAAUUGGGUUGAAUCUGAAGAAGGAUUAAAGAUUGCUAAUUCUUUACCAGAAGAUGAAAUUAUUGUUGAAGGAUAUGCGGAAAUGGCUACUUAUAGACCAUUAAUGGCUCACUUUUAUGAUGCUAAUGGGGAUGCAAAUACUGAAAUGGCUCUCGAUGGGGUUGGUGGAGGUGCGGUAUUGGUUAAAGCUGAUGUUCAUCGUGAUGGUGCCAUGUUUCCUUCAUUCCCAUUCUAUCAUUUGAUUGAAACUGAGGGUUUUGCGAAGAUGGCUAAGAGAUUGGGAUAUGAAGUGUUUGGAUUGCCUAAUUAUUUAGUCUAUCAUCAUAAUGAAUAG